ACAUGGCUGUAAUAAUACAAGAGAGGGUGUGUGUAUGGAUGAGGAAGAGAACAUUUUGAUUGUUGCUGGUGUGGGAAACAUCCAGUAUGAUAGUUUUUUUUUGCAGUCAGUAGUUCUUAAAAUCUCAAACAUUAUAAACAGACAAAAGAUCUAAUUCAAUGUAGCUCAUAGGCUGUAUAUAGAUAGGUUAAUAAUUUAUAUACAGUCUAUGUUGUAGCCAGGAAGUCUAAUGACUGAUAUCAUUGGCUAGACUGGAUUGACUCGCUGAGUGAUGAAGGUACACCAUUGGUCGGCCGGCCCAGUAUUGGAGUUUUCCCAUUGGCUGUUGCUCUUUCAAUUAAAUGAGCCGGUAUGUACGUUUCAAUCACGUCCUCAGUGGUCGUUUACAGUGGAGCCCUGAACACAGCCCUGAAAUAAGUUUUAAAAACACACACUUACCAACUUAGGUGUCUCAUACGGAGGCUCCAACACUGAGAAGAACACCAACCCGCAGAUACAAAGAGACUCGACAGAUCCAUUUUACCAGCCUGCACAGCGGCUAGUAGCUAGUUAGCAUGGCUAGCAUCGGAAGCAUAGCCGUGCCGUGCUGUGUGUAGCCCAUAGACUGUAUAAAAAUAAGGUGUAGCUGCGGUGUGUCCUGUUUAAAAGCAUCAUGCUGGGCAGGUGACAGUGUGAACACACUGUGUAGUAAGUGGAAAAUGCAAAACAGCUUGAAGUAGCCCAGGAGGCUCCCAGCAGGUUAAUUUUCCCAUACCCAGGUCACUGUGGAGUUCAUCUUUACUCUCCAGGUUGGAAAGGUAUUUGGUAUUUGCUCAUUUUUAUCAUUAUGGCAGAAUGUGUGUAGUUUUGACUGAGCUUCCUGGAUGAUGCAACAGAGAGCCCUUGUUUCAGACCACACAACUUACAGGACUUUAGUCUACAGAAGCAAGGAGCCGUUUUUACGUGUCAAGAUGGAAGAAGUGCUGGCACCUUUGAGGGAGGCUGUGAGGAAGCAGGGCGACUUGGUGUAUCAAUUGAAAGAACAGGGCGCCUCAGAGCCGGAGCUGAGCAAAGCUGUCGCAGAGCUGAAAGCCAGGAAGAAGAUUCUAGAAGCAAAGGAGCUGGCCUUGCAGCCUAAAGAUGACACGGUGGACAGAGCGAAGCUGGAGGAUACCUUAAAGAGGAGAUUCUUCUAUGAUCAGGCUUUUGCCAUAUAUGGAGGGGUGAGCGGCCUAUAUGACUUUGGGCCCGUGGGCUGUGCCCUGAAAAACAACAUCCUGCAGGUGUGGAGGCAGCACUUCAUCCAGGAGGAGCAGAUCCUGGAGAUUGACUGCACCAUGCUGACCCCCGAGCCUGUCCUCAAGACAUCAGGUCAUGUGGAUAAAUUUGCUGAUUACAUGGUGAAAGAUGCCAAGACGGGAGAAUGCUACCGUGCCGAUCACCUCCUCAAAGCUCACUUGAAAAACCUGAUGUCCGAUGAGAAAUGUUCAGCGGAGAAAGUGACCGAGAUGGAGGAUGUAAUCACUCAGAUGGACAACUACACUCAGCAGGAGUUGGCUGAUCUGUUUGUGAAAUACAACGUCAAGUCUCCCUCCACAGGGAAUGACCUCACACCUCCCAUCUCCUUCAACCUGAUGUUUCAGACAUCUAUCGGGCCAGGAGGCAACACGCCCGGCUAUCUGAGGCCUGAAACAGCUCAGGGAAUGUUCCUCAACUUCAAGCGUUUACUGGAGUUCAACCAGGGAAAACUUCCCUUUGGUGCUGCUCAGAUUGGAAACUCUUUCAGGAAUGAGAUCUCUCCUCGCUCUGGACUCAUUCGUGUGAGGGAGUUCACCAUGGCUGAGAUUGAGCACUUUGUGGAUCCAAAUGACAAGGUCCACCCUAAGUUCCACAAUGUGGCCGACCUGGAGAUCUUGUUGUUCUCCUCGAAGGCUCAGACCAGCGGCCAGUCUGCAAAGAUCAUGAGGCUGGGAGAUGCUGUGGAGCAGGGAGUGAUCAACAAUUCUGUGCUGGGCUACUUCAUUGGAAGAAUCUACUUGUAUCUAAUUAAAGUGGGGCUGUCCAAAGAUAAAGUGCGCUUCCGUCAGCACAUGGAGAACGAGAUGGCUCACUACGCAUGUGACUGCUGGGAUGCCGAGUCCAAAACCUCCUAUGGAUGGAUCGAGAUCGUUGGCUGUGCCGACCGUUCCUGCUACGACCUCUCGUGUCACUCCAGAGCCACCAGGGUCCCUCUAGUGGCAGAAAAACCCCUGAAAGAACCCAAAGUCGUAAAUGUCAUCCAGUUUGAGCCCAACAAGGGCGCCAUAGGCACAGCAUUCAAGAAAGAUGCCAAGUUGGUUUUGGAAUAUCUGGCUGUCUGUGAUGAAUGCUACAUCAGUGAUCAGGAAAAGCUUCUUAAUGAAAACGGGGAGUUCAGCUUUCAGGCAGAGGGCAAAACACUCAGACUGACCAAAGACAUGGUCAGUGUGAAGCGGUUCCAGAAGACUUUGCACGUGGAGGAGAUUGUUCCCAAUGUAAUCGAGCCGUCCUUUGGCAUUGGCAGAAUCAUGUACUCCAUCUUUGAGCACUCAUUCCACACCCGGCAGGGGGAUGAACAGAGGACGUAUUUCAGUUUUCCUGCCAUUGUCGCUCCAUACAAAUGUUCCAUCCUUCCUUUGAGCCCAAACCAGGAGUUUAAGCCAUUUGUCCAGCAACUAUCUGAGGCGAUGACCAAAAACAGCGUGUCUCACAAGGUGGACGACUCCUCAGGAUCCAUCGGGAGGCGUUACGCCAGAUCGGAUGAGAUCGGAGUGGCCUUUGGCAUCACCAUCGACUUCGACACCGUGAACAAGACGCCUCACACGGCCACUCUGAGAGACCGUGACUCAAUGAGGCAGAUCAGGGCUGAGGUCACUGAGUUGCCAGGGAUGGUUCGAGAUCUGGCUAACGGCAGCUUGACGUGGGCUGAGGUGGAGAGCAAGUACCCCAUCUUUGAAGGACAAGAGUCCAGCAAGAAGGAGUAGCCAAACUGGGACUCCUCUACACACACGGACCAAAUUGUCAAUAAAGAUUUCACUGUAUUAUUAGUUAACAUGUUAGUAUUCUAUAUGUUUACAUACAGGAAAAAACCUGCAUCUUUCAUUGGGAUUUGUUAAGGAGGAUAAACAUAGGCCUAACCAUACUAUUGUAUAAUUAUGAAGGAUAUAAUAUUAAUUCCAGGGAUUGUGUCUUUAUCUGUAGAUCUGUUUAGAUAUAAUAUACAUGUAAACUGUGCAACAGCAGCUGGAGAUUUUAAUGUGUCAUAUACUGUAAAUUGAAGCAACAUUACUCACAAACAUGCUGCAGGGCUAACGCAGUCCUCUGUGGCCUCCUACCUGAAACCAUAUUAUCAUCACCUGAGCAACUUUCUUAACAACUCCCAGUGGAUGUGUUGCACUGAUACUGUGAGAGCAGACAUCAUAGAUAUUACAUAGACUUGUGUUUCAUACAUUUUUAAAUACUGUAUGUCUUGACUGACUUUUUUAAAAUAAACCACAUUUGGUCCUUUU